UAAAUGCUUUACCAGUAACUCCUUUCAACUUGGUCAUUCUAACGUCAAACACAACCAAGUGCAUCCACCACCACCACCACUAGUCCACCACCACCACCGCAAAAAUGUCAUCAACAAACGCCGCAAAAUCAUGGCUAUCAUCCCUUCGACGCUACAUUAAGGCACCAUGGCAGAUCACAGGACCUUGCGCAUCACCCGAGUAUAAAUCCGCCGUCCCAAAAGCGUCGGAGUAUCGUCUCUUCUGCCCCGCCACCAUCCCUCAACAAGCCAUCGUUCCUUCCUCCAACCCCGAAACCGUCUUCGACAUCAAGUACUUUCCUCGAGACCAGCGUCGCAAUCGCCCCGCCAUUCGUUGCACUGUCCUCAAGAAGGCUGAUGUUCAGAAAACAAUGGCGGAAAAGAGUUUCCAGCCUUCUGAUUUUCCUAUUCCUUAUUUGACUAAAACUAUUGAAGAAGAUAUGGAUACUCAUGGUGGUGGUUACCAGAAAUAGGACUCUCUGAAUUAGGCGGACAGCUCUAUCCUUCUUUUCGUGGCAAUUUGAGCUUGCUGAGAAGCAGCUAAGCUUCUGGACAAUUUUCUGUAAUAAUUUUGUUAAACUGGCAAUGAUUAUCGUUGUACUCUAUUUUGUAGCGGAGAGAUUGUGAAUCCGUUACUGUUUGGUGAUUAUAUUAUGCCUAAAUAAUCCUGUUA